AUGGGGCAACAGUUUGAAAUCGAUUUGAAAUUGAUUUUGUUAGGAUACGAUUUUGUGUUCCCGAUUCAGUCUAUGAUAAUUGUGUUCGUACCAGGCACGUUUUCAUGCAUUAACGCCAGGGAUAAAUAUGAUUGUAUGCAAUUAUUGGAGAGGGAUGAGGCAGAUAUAGUCAAUUUAGACGCUGAAGAUUUGUAUUUAGCCGGAAGACUAUAUGCAUUGGAACCGUUUAUUGUCGAAGAAUUUAACGGAAAUAAGAAAUAA